AUGAGUCAUUUGCUGUGGAAAUACUUCUGGGAAAACGAUGUCGACAGGUUUCGGCGUCUGCUGGCCUCGGCCGGCGCCAAUUCCCAGACAACUGCGAAGAACCCUGCGGUAGGCGUUGGCGCAUCUUAUUUGGGAGCGAGUCCCGGUAGUAUCGGGACCUCUCCGAGAGCUACAGCCAAACCGCGAAAGACCCCAGGGUACAAUUCAGGCGUUGGAAGAGCGAAGGAUGGUGGCGCAGGUCUAGGUAAAGCGGAAGUGAACAGUCGCGACCACGCCGGUCUGACGUUGUUGCUGCGUGCAGCCUCUUCUCCUGAUCCAAACGCUCUGGCUUUCGUCCAGGCCCUGAUUGACCAUCCCCAUAUCGACUUAUACGCCCAAGACCCCGAGAGUGGCUGGAAUGCCCUGCAUAGGUCGCUUUAUGCCGGAAAUGCAUCUAUAGCCAGAGCGUUACUGGCGAAAGAACGUGGAGAUUUGCUCAGUCAUACUGUUGGUGCCGUGAAUAAAGUUGGCCAGUUAAUCAAGACCAAGGACCACGAGGGCAACAGCCCCUUUGACCUCUAUAACUCGACCAUUUCUGCGAGGUCGCUCGUACAUCCGCCUCUGAAGUCCCCACUCGACGAUGACUCAGACCUUGGCGAUGGCGAUUUGGAUCAAAGUACUGCUAAGAUCGCGCAUGGUAGUAGCAAACAUGUCGAAGGAGAUGAGCUUUUUGUGUUUGGAAGCAACAAAAAUGUGUCCCUAGGAGUUGGGGAUGAGGACGACAGGCAGUAUCCUGAGCGAAUCAUGCUUCAGCGGCCAGAUCAGUUGAUCCAGCGGUUCUAUCAAGAUUAUCUCACAGAGAAGCGCGUGGAUGCCCCUCUUGAUGUUGCCACAGAUCUCGACACAAUUCCCAUCAUAGUUCAAAACCGACCUUUGGUGAUCCUAGAUGUCGUCAUGUCGAAACUGCAUAGCGCUAUUCUUACCGACGAUCCGACCUGCAAUCUGUAUGUCUGCGGACAUGGCCGUGGUGGAAGGCUGGGCCUUGGCGAUGAAAACACCCAGUUCAAAUUCACUCCCCUACAUAGUGCUUUCGCAGAUAAAAAGGUCCGCCAGGUUGCACUUGGGCAGAACCACUCGAUGGCUGUUGUUGGAAAUGGCGAAUUAUGGACUUGGGGCCUCAAUUCUGAUUCGCAGCUUGGCUAUGUGCUGCCGCCUCCAUUGAGAACAGAUGAAGAGCCGAUGAGUCUCAUCCCUCGACAGGUGUUUGGUCCCCUCAAGAAAGAGAUUAUUCUCGGCAUUGCGGCCUCUUCUAUCCACUCUGUGGCUCACACCGGAUCAUCGCUGUACUGCUGGGGCCGCAACGUUGGCCAGCUUGCACUGAUGGAUUCUGAUUCUCGAUCUCUAGACCUGCAGCAGACGCCUCGAAAAGUUGCUGCAUCUCUGCUAACUGCUCCAAUCGAGAUGGUUGCGGCGAUUGACAAAGCCACCACCUGCUUGUUAGCGAAUCACACAGUUUGGGUAUUUACCAACUAUGGAUACAAUCUUAUCAGGUUUCCCAUCCCCGACAGUAUCCUCGAUCAUAGUCUCUUGGGAUCUGUCUAUUCGGACAAGCUCGGCAUGUCCAGAAGGGACAUUGAAUACAUUGCCUCUGGCGGGGAGACCAUUGCAGCAGUUACGGCGCAUGGUGAUCUCUUCACCAUGCAGCUGAGUAACAAGGGGGAUGCUGGGGCUCCAACUCGUUCCAACACUGGCCUUGGAUCAACGACUAAUCCUGUUAAGAUAAAGGGUGCGAUCACGCAACCGCUCUGCAUAUGGGAUUCUGGAAAAGACGGAGUCACUUCAGUCAGUGUGGGAGAGCAUGGAUCUGUCAUUAUCUGCACUGAAUCCGGCGCUGUUUGGAGGAGAGUAAAGCGUAUGAAAAGCAAGAUUGAAUCCUUCGUCGGUUCUACUGAUACCAAACGAAAAGACUUCAAAUUUCAGCGUGUACCAUACAUCACAGAUUGCGUGGCCGUGCGAAGCUCUACUUUUGGGGCCUUUGCCGCCAUUCGCAAGGAUGUUAAAGUCAUGUCCAAGGAGAUUCGAAUUGGUGAGCAGAAUAUCUGGAAUGAUGUUGCGUCUCUUCUUUGCUUGAAAGACUUUUAUGCGCCUGAAGCUAGCUUUGAGAACGACUUGACUCGGAAAUCUUGGACUGCUUCCAUUAUGAGAGAGGGCCCUGGUACUGUGGCCCAUCGGAUUCUGAGCUCUUCUGAUAUCGAAACAGAUAUGCUGCAGUGGCUGCAAGCCAAUUCAUUCUUGUACGACACCGAUUUGGAAAUUCGUACAUCUACUGCCCCAGAUAUCAGGAUACCAGUUCACGGCUGGCUUUUCUCUGGGCGAAGUACUAUACUUCGCACGGCCCUGUCUGAUUUCCGUUUUCAAGGCUCCCAUACGCUUUCAGAAUCAUUUACGGUCGAAAAUGUUGGCGAUAGAAUGGUGCUAACCCUGCUGCACGCUGAUAUUUACACGAUGCUGAAUAUCGUGGUAUAUAUGUACCAGGACAACAUCCUACCCGUAUGGAAAUACACGCGUGAAGCUCCUUCACUAGCUCAUCGCUUUCGUCAAGUUCGAACAGAUCUGAUGAAACUCGCCACGAGGCUCAAUAUGCCGAAGCUUGAGGCCGCAGCCCGGCUGCAAGCCGGCCUCGAAAAAACACUUGAUAUAGAUCUGCAAGAAGCAAUAAACGACCCCGUUUUCUUUGAUGACGGCGACGUCGUAUUGGAGUUGGACGGAGACGAAGUUACUGUCCACAGCCAUCUUCUGUGUCAGCGAUGCCCGUUUUUCGACGGAAUGUUCAAUGGCAGAUCACAAGGACAGUGGCUGGCUGAUCGGCGUCUCUCAACGGAGCAGGCCGAGCCAGUUCGAGUUGACCUGAAUCACAUUCACCCGGAGACAUUCUCAUACAUACUCACAUUCCUAUACGGCGAUGUUGGCGAGAAAAUGUUUGACGAUGUGAUGGCUACAUCCCUCGACGAGUUCUCGGAACUAGUUCUAGAUGUGCUUAGUGUAGCCAACGAACUCAUGAUAGACCGACUAUCACAAAUCUGCCAGUCUUUGAUAGGCAAAUUUGUGACGAACCGCAACAUUUCUAAUCUUCUCAACGAGAUUAGCCCGUGUUCAGUCGCAGAGUUCAAGACUACUGGGCUGGAGUACAUCUGUCUACAGCUCGAAUCUGUGCUUGAAAACCACUACCUGGACAGCCUCGACGAAGAGCUCUUAUAUGAGCUUGAUGACAAAAUCCGAGACAACCAGCUUGCGUGUUUUCCGUUUGCGAGGAGCGGAAGAGCAGAAUUGCUUCUUCAUGAGAAAUAUCCCGAUCUGGCAGCGGACAUUGAAGAAGAGAGGCGACGUCGUAUCAAGGAAAUGGCCUUCAAACAAGCACAGAGAGAAGAAGAAAGAAGAGCAUCAUCUUCAUACAAGACUCGAUUUGGAAGCUUAGACGACUCUAUUCGAGGACCGGAAACCCCAGAGAAAUCUAACAGACAAUCCAAGAUGAUUCGGAACGAGCCAUUUAGCCCAGCCUUGCGCCCCAAAGAUUCUAUGGCCGAUAUGAUCUUUGAUAUGGAAGAUGAAGGGCCUUCGGGAGGAAGCAGUAUUGCAUCGCCGCAGCUAUCGUCGCCUCUGACUCGUACUGAUAGUGACGUUGGGCCGAUAUCGAAGCUUCCAACCGAAUGGAAGAGGUCAAAAGGCAAGGAAAAGGCAGAGCCACUCCAGCCACUCCAAUCACCUGUCUCGAGCCUACCUUCUCACCAACAGCCGAUCCUCGAAUCAGUAACGCCCAUUUCUAAAGAGGCCAAGCAAAGCUUGGAAUCUCCGUAUUCGGCGUCAAACUCUCCGUGGGCUUCUGCGGCGUUAUCUACCAGUAAAUUGGAUCUUAAAGACAUCAUGUCUGAGGCCUCAGGGAAAUCAGCGUUAACAGCUGCCUUAUCAGCACAAAAGACGAAGGAUUCAGCUGGCAAACCACUUUCCAAGUUAUCCCAAAAGGAGCGCAAGAAGCAGAUGCAGAUACAGCUGGACGCGCAGAUGGCGGCUCAAGAAGAGCAGGCCAAAGCAAUCCCAUGGGAAGCCCCAUCGCCAUCAAACAAGAAGCAGCCGCCGUGGAAGCCGGCAGCCUCUAUUCCAAAGACCUCAUUGCAGCAGGCUAUGGCAUCUGAUGCUGCACAGCGAAUUGCGAUAUCUACCAAUACGAAGCCGCUAGUUGCGUCGGAGUCUGAUGCUCGAUCAGCGCAAAGACGGACUGCGUCCCCUGACACUCGAUUCCCUGGACAGGGGCGCCCUGGCAACUCACCUUCUCAAAAUCAAACAAAGCCAGGGGUGGACAAACCACCGAGUAGACCUCUGGUACCCCACUCGAAGUCCUAUAUUAAACCGGCGCCAAAGACAGAGCCGACUCUGGGAGUAAGCAUGGCUGAUAUUAUCGGACAACAACAGAGAGAGCAAGAGAUGGUCAAGGAAGCCGUGGCGAAGCGGUCACUUCAAGAAAUUCAAGAAGAACAAGCCUUUCAAGAGUGGUGGGAUCAAGAGAGUCGUCGUGCACAGGAAGAGGAAGCCAGGCGGCAUGCUAAGGCCAAGGGUACGGUGAAAGGAAAGGAAGAGGACGGAGGAGGCCGACGUAACCGCCGGGGAAGAGGGGGCAAGGCCCGAAGCAGCGAGCCGCCAAAAACCCAGCAAGCGGAUGUUGAAGGAUCAAAUUCCAAAGAAGCAGCAGCCAAGACUGGUGGUAAUGCAUCUCGAGGCAGAGGCAGAAGCAGAGGAGGUAAAGGGAAGGCUGCCAGUGGGGGGUUGUGA